GACAACCGGCCGGUAAAAGUCAGGCAAAACCUAUUAGAUGCACUACGAGCUUUACGUCCUAAGCUCUAUCGUCUCGUCCUCUGGGUUGAUGCACUUUGUAUCAAUCAGCGCAACAAUAUGGAGAAGUCUAAGCAGGUCGCAAAAAUGGGCCGGAUAUUCCAGGAAGCAGUCCGUGUCACUUGCUGGAUUGGAACGCCUACUAGGGAUAGUGAUUCCGCUAUCGCCUUUCUAAACGCUGCCGGAUCGUUUCUCCAGUCAAUGCCUUCCCUGACCGAAGAGGAGAAAACAUAA